AAUGUUUCCUGGGUCGUAUAAUUUUGGCCGAGCUGUGAUGGCCAUCGAUUUUAUGGUCUUCACUCUACGUCUCAUCCACAUCUUUGCCAUCCACAAACAGCUUGGGCCCAAGAUCAUCAUUGUUGGCAAAAUGAUGAAGGACGUUUUCUUCUUCCUUUUUUUUUUGGCUGUGUGGCUCAUGGCUUAUGGAGUGGCCAAUCAGACACUUCUGUACUCGUAUGAUCCGCGCCCCGACUGGAUUUUCCGCAGAGUGUUCUACAGACCCUACCUGCAUAUUUUUGGACAAAUACCCAUACAUGAAAUGGAUACUGAUAAACUGCUAGAAGUGAACUGUACAAACAACAUCACACGGAUUGAAGCCGGUGAGGAGCCCUGCCUGAGCUCCUAUGCCAAUUGGCUGGUGGUCAUCCUCCUGGUCAUCUACCUGCUGUUCACCAACAUCGUAUUGGUCAACCUGCUCAUCGCAAUGUUCAGCUACACCUUCUCCAAGGUGCAGGAGCGCAGUGACACCUACUGGAAGUUUCAGCGCUACAAUCUGAUUGUGGAGUACCACUCAAGGCCCUGCCUGGCUCCACCUUUCAUUAUCAUCUCACACCUCCACCUUUUCAUCAAGAGAUACAUCCGCCACAUCCCCUCAGUCAAAAGGAAACACUUUGUUCUAGAGCUGCAGGGCAGGAAGGCCAGUUGCCUCAAUACAUGGGAGGCUAUUCAGAAAGAAAACCUGCUCUCAGCUCAGAACAAGCGUCAGAGAGAGAGUGACUCAGCACGACUGAAACGUACAUCUCUGAAGGUUGACAGUGUGCUGAAGCAGAUGGCAGAGAUCCGAGACCACGACCGAAGGUUGCAGCUGCUGGAGACUGAGCUGGAGUACUGCUGCAGCGCUCUCUGCUGGAUGACAGAUGCUCUGUCUCAGAGUACUCUCAUAAAUGCCGGCCGCCCCCCCCCGCUGCUCCGAGAUCUGACACCUGUCUCCACACUGACUCCUUGAUCUCCAGGAUCAAUAUCACACACACACACACACACACACACACACACACACACACACACACACACACACACACACACACACACACACACACACACACACACACACACAUUUAAACAUUGUCAUACUUUUACUGUUGAUUUCGGAUGUAUGUUUGAGAUUUUAAAUAUGAUAAACGGUAAGCUGAGUUAAAAGCA